AUGAUAGAGCAAUUUUGCCUGGCUCUUUUCUUUGUGGUGUUGUUACUAUUUUGGGCUAGACACUCUCAACCGAAGCUUCCCCUACCACCCGGACCUCCAUCAGAAUUUCUUCUUGGUCACACCCGCGUUAUACCCCAGGAGAACGCCGCCAAAGUAUAUUCAAGAUGGUCCAAAGAGUACAUUUCAAAAGACUCGGAUAUCAUCCAUGUCAGGUCUUUGGGCCGCUCUACGAUUGUUCUUCACAGUGCAGAGCUUGCCAAGGACAUUCUGGAGAAGAAGGGCGCCAAUUUCAGUGACCGACCCAGAUUCACUCUAUUGGAAGUGAUGGGUUGGGGCAAGACAUUGACCUUUCUCCCGUUUGGUAAAUGUUGGCAAAUGCACAGAAAGUUCCUCCAGACAUCCUUUAGCAACACCAGCGUUCGAAAAUGGCAUGAGCUGCAGAGGAACGAAGCCCACCACACGGUGAAGGAUAUCAUCGAAACCCCUGAUACAUGGGAAAAGUCCCUGCGUCGAUUCGCGGUGGCCAUUGUUUUGCAAGUGAGCUAUGGCACCAAAGUAACAAGUGACGACGACCCGUAUAUCCGAAUUGCCAACGAUGCAAUGUAUGCCACCGGUAAUGGUGGAGUUCCUGCAAAUAGUGUUGUCGACCUAGUUCCCCUUGUUCGUUAUCUCCCCGAUUGGCUUAUCCGUGACUGGUCUCUGCGAUUUGCUCGACAAUGGCAAUGGGCUAUCACGAAAUUACACGAUGUUCCCUUUGCUGCCGCCUUGGCUGAACAUGGAUGUGAACAAGAUUGGACUCUAGACGAUAUCAAAGGAGCUGCAGGCGCGGUUUUCAUUGCAGGCACAGACACGACAUGGGCAACUUGUGUUAUAUUUAUCCUCAACAUGGUUCUUCACCCCGAGAUACAAAAGAAAGCACAAGCUGAGCUUGAUGCUGUGAUUGGAUCUGGUAAACUGCCUCGAUUCUCAGACCGACCCCUUUUACCGUACAUCGAGCACAUCGUGCAGGAGACUUACAGGGUGAGAACACUUUUCUUUGAUACUAUCACGAUCGUCGUCCAUGUCUAUGAAGUGGGGAAAGUACUGACAAAGCUCAGAACUGUUGUCUACGCCAAUGCCUAUGCUAUAGCGCAUGAUGAGCGGGUCUACAAAAAUCCACAAGACUUCAACCCUGACAGGUAUGGCGGGGGCGAACCAUAUCCCAUCGGCAACUUUGGAUUCGGACGUCGGUACGUGCUUGACCAGCGCUAA